AAGAUAUUGAUUGAUCAUCUUUACCUUCUUGGAAUAUGAUAGGACAGGAUUUUGAUUGAUUCAUUAAUUCAACAGUAGAGAAAAUGUGUGGAGAAAUAACAGCCGCCUCUUUGCAUGCAGUAGUGGUGCCAUUUCCUGCUCAGGGUCAUGUCAAUCCGCUAAUGAAUUUUGCGGAGCUGCUGGCCAUACGGGGAUUCUUCAUAACCUUUGUCACCACCGAAUGGAUAGACCAACGCCUUUUAAAAGCAGCUUCCACAGAUGGAGCGGCACGUGACCGUGAAGCCAAAGAGAGGGGCCUCAAAUUUCGUUUUCUCUCUCUUCCCGACGGCUUACCACCUGAUCAUGGCCGAACUUCCGAACUCGGCGAACUUUAUCUUGCACUGCGAAAUUUGGGCCCUGCUUUGGAAAAUCUGUUAACUGCAGCAGAUACUUCUGUUCCACCCAUAACGUGUAUUGUGUCUGAUAGUUUUAUAUCUUGCACGGCAGAGGUGGCUCAAAAUCUCGGGGUGCCCCGGGUUAUCUUCUGGACUUGUUGUACUGCAAACUCAAUUGUUCAGACCAACGCUAACGUUCUGCUUUCUCAAGGCCAUAUUCCAGUUACAGAUGACGAUCUGAAAUCCAAAGACAAAGUAAUUACAUCUAUUCCUGGAAAAAUUCCUCCUAUCCGACCAAUUGAUAUAGUCUCAUUCUACCGUGAAAAACAUGUCUCUGAAACUAUUUACAGUGCCUUUCUCUAUGAAGCUCGCUACCAAAACAUAGCAGAUUACUUGCUGGUCAACACCUUCGAGGAGUUGGAAGGAGGAAAGGAAGCACAAAUGGGUCUCAGUAUUAAUGGAUGCCCUGCUCUAGCAGUGGGCCCGGUGUCUCUUCCCAAUUUCUUACAAGGCGAGAACUCCAUGUUCAGUAUGUGGGAAGAGGACAAUAAUUGCUUUCAAUGGCUAGAUUCUCAACCAAAGCAAUCUGUGUUAUAUGUUUCAUUUGGUAGCAUUGCUGUAAAAUCUGAAAGGCAAUUGCACGAGCUGGCACUUGGACUAGAGGCUUGUGGGUACCCUUUCUUGUGGGUACUUAGGUCUGACAUAGCUGAAGGAAAGUCUCUAGAGUUACCAGAGGGCUUUAAUGAACGAACCAAAGAUCGAGCCCUGGUUGUUACUUGGACCAAACAAUUGCAAGUCCUUUCCCAUCCUUCGGUGGGAGGAUUCCUGACACACAAUGGGUGGAACUCUACUUUAGAAGCAAUCAGCAUGGGAGUUCCUAUGAUCGGAUGGCCUAAUGUUUCUGACCAGUUUAUUAAUUGUCGAUUUGCCAAAGAUUUUUGGAAAGUUGGCUUAGACUUUGAAGGCGUUGGUGCUGAUGAAUCCAAAUUGGUCACCAAGGAAGAGGUUGAAAGUGUAGUGAAGGAUCUUAUGGAAGGCUCUGUAGGAAAGGAGUUGCGAAGAAAUAUUGCAAGGUUCAAAGAAGCAUCAACUAAGGCAGUCAUGCCAGGGGGUACUUCUUUUGAAAAUCUCAACACAUUUGUUCAGGAUAUGCAAAAGAUAGCCAAAUCAAAAGUCUAAGGAGCUUUCACAGCGUAUAUAACUUUUAAUUGCAAUCUCAAUUGAUUGAUGUGAAAUUAGUUAUUAUUUCUCCACCCUGAAAACUCUGGUAUCUUUUGAAGAUCAGGUAAAGUUUGGUAGUUUUUGGAGAUUAAUCGUAGGAAUGUAAUAACUUUUCAUGUGAAUUAUUUGUUUUCUUAUCUAGUC